GGGCUAUGCCUGUCGCCGCCGUUACAAUCAGCAUUUCUUUCGCUGGCGAGAUUGGCAAUGAACAUUUUCCAUGACAGAUAUCCUGAUUUACGAUUAUUUUUAAAACGGCUUUGUAACAUAUUAGAAGGAAACGUUCAAUGCCAAGUCGGUGUAGGUGCCAAUCGCAAGUCCUCGGAUAUGCAGGGUGAGUAAAAAAAUAUUUCUUCAGUCAGUGGACGUUGGAUGGCAAAUGCUAUAUGUUUGCUCUAAAGGACUCCCGAACAAUACUGCUUUCAUGAAAGGCGCAAAUGUUCUUUUAAGGGUGAGACGCCCAGUCCGACGUAUUCGUGCUCCAAUAUGCGCCAAUUCUCCUGCGUAAAUUCCAUUUUUGGAUUUUCAAAAGAAAGCGAACGUACCGAGAUGUAUGCCCGCAUUUUUAUCGCUGCCUUGGACAUGAAAUGCUUUGUAUUUUGCGUACAAACCAACGAAGAACAAUGACAUCACAUACUUCUACUGCACAACAGUGAACUGGGCCAGCCUCUCCUGUGAAAAUGCAUAUCUGGAUAUUGAAAAUAAUCACUCUGGUUGUUGCAUCUCUCAGCUUCAUAGAGAUGUAUGAUAAUUAUGGAGAGAUCUGCAGAAACCUCUGUAUCUGCGAGGAGAAGGACGGGAUCCUGACUGUGAGCUGUGAGAAUCGAGGGAUCAUCAGGCUGACGGAGAUUAGCCCUGUGCAUUUUUCCACCUAUCAUCUGUUGCUGACUGGCAACCUCCUAAAAAAACUGUCUGCCAAUGACUUUGUCAAUUACGCUGGGGUUACAAUUUUACAUUUGGGCAACAAUGACAUCUCAGAGGUCGAGACGGGGGCUUUUAAUGGGCUUCAGGGAUUAAGGAGGCUGCAUCUGAACAAUAACAAAAUAGACAUCUUGAGGGAUGACACUUUUGUUGGCCUAGAAAGUCUGGAAUAUCUACAGAUUGAUUACAAUUACAUCACCAAUAUAGAACCUAAUGCCUUGAGCAAGCUCCAUCACCUGGAGGUGCUGAUACUAAAUGACAACUUGCUCUCCGCUCUGCCGACAAACAUAUUCCGAUAUGUCCCUUUGACUCACCUUGAUCUGAGGGGGAACCGCUUGAAAAUGUUCCCGUACAUCGGUCUGCUCGAGCACAUGGACAAAGUGGUGGAAUUACAGCUGGAAGAGAACCCCUGGAAUUGCUCUUGCGAGCUCAUCGCCUUGAAGGCGUGGCUGGAGAGCAUCUCGUACACCGCCCUGGUUGGGGAGGUGGUCUGCGAGACCCCUUUCCGUCUGCACGGGCGGGACCUGGAUGAAGUCUCCAAGCAGGAGCUUUGCCCCAGGAGGGCAAUCUCUGAGUACGAGAUGAGGCCUCCACCUCCGCUCAGCACCACGGGGUACUUCCAAACCACCCCAGCGGCCGCUACGGCCUCCGCCACCUCCUCAGCGGUCCUGCGGUCGUCCUCACGGCCCACGAAGGGCACCCGCCCUCCCAGCAAGUCAAAGUCCAAGCCCACCUCCCGAAUCCCCUCCAAUAAUCCCUACAACUAUGGCCCUAUAAUCGCCUAUCAGACUAAGUCUCCUGUGCCUUUGGAUUGCCCCACUGCCUGCACCUGUAAUCUGCAAAUCUCAGACUUGGGUCUGAAUGUCAACUGCCAGGAGAGAAAGAUUGAGAACAUCUCUGAUCUAAAGCCCAAACCGUACAACCCAAAAAAGAUGUACCUCACGGGGAACUACAUCCCUGUGGUGCGCCGGUCUGAUUUUGUAGAGGCCACUGGAUUAGACCUACUUCACCUUGGGAACAACCGGAUAUCCCUAAUUCACGAUCGAGCCUUUGGGGAUUUAACAAACUUGCGUAGGCUGUAUCUGAAUGGAAAUCUUAUCGAUCGUCUCACGGCUGAUAUGUUUUUCGGGCUGCAGAGUUUGCAGUACCUCUAUUUAGAAUACAAUGUGAUCAGAGAAAUUGUGUCGGGCACUUUCCGCUAUGUGCCAAACCUCCAGUUGCUUUUUCUCAAUAACAACCUUCUAAAAACCUUACCCGGGGGCAUAUUCACCGGUAUGACUCUCGCCAGGCUUAAUCUCCGCAGCAACCACUUCCACAAUCUUCCCGUAAGCGGUGUCUUAGAUCAGCUGAAGUCGCUGGUGCAGAUAGAUCUGCACGAGAACCCGUGGGACUGCUCGUGCGACGCGGUGGGCAUGAAGAUCUGGCUGGAGCAGCUCAAUGCGGGAACCGUGGUGAAUGAGGUGAUCUGCAGCUCCCCAAAAAGGCUGGCCGGGGAGGACAUGCGCUCGGUCCUGUCCGACCUCCUGUGCCCGGAUUACUCCGACGUCAUCACGUCCACCGCCACCACUCCGUCCGAGGAGCCCUUCCCGGGCGGGACCACCACCGCUGCCGAAGCCCCCCCGAAAUACAACACCCCGUCCAGCACGGUCCCCCUCUCCGUCCUCAUCCUCAGCCUCCUGCUGGUCUUCAUCAUGUCGGUCUUCGUCGCUGCCGGUCUCUUCGUGGUGGUGGUGAAGAAGCGCAAGAAGUCCCAAAACGACCGGAGCAGCACCAACAACUCUGACGUCAGCUCCUUCAACCUGCAGUACAGCCUGUACAGCAACAGGCCAGUCCCGAAGGUCAAAACCCCCGCAGGGCAUGUGUAUGAGUACAUCCCGCACCCCUUGGGCCACAUGUGCAAGAACCCCAUCUACAGGUCCAGGGAGGGCAACACGGUGGAGGAUUACAGAGACCUCCACGAGUUAAAGGUGACGUACAGGAACGCCAUGGAUGAGGAGAGGGACAGCAACCUGCGAAGCCCCUCUUACAGCGUGAGCACCAUCGAGCCACGCGACGACCCCUCCCCCGUGCAAGACGCCGAGCACUUCUUCAGAAGCAUCCUCGAGCCCGAGAAGCAGUCUCCUUCCGGAAACAGCUACGAGUACAAGUAUGGGGCCCCCGCCACGUAUGCAUACACGCCCAGCUUCGACGUCAGGCGUCAGUUCCUGCAUCCGGAGAGCAUACGAGAGACCAUGCUCUACGGAACAGCACCGAGUACUGUUUAUGUGGAGCCCAACAGAAACGAAUACUUAGAACUAAAAGCUAAGCUUCAAGUCGAGCCGGACUACCUCGAAGUUCUUGAGAAACAGACAACAUACAGCCAGUUUUGAACUACAUGAUUGUCUAUAUAAAUCUAUAAGAAGCAUUUUUUUACAAUAUCAAAAGCAUUAAUUAAUGCAUAAAGUAUUGUUUAAAGGAAAGACAGACAUUCAAGCAGAAAGUAUUGUUUAAUGCUGGGGGGGGAUGCCUUGGCACAAAUUAACAAUUCACAAGGAACAGUAACAGGGGUGUGCUGACCAAUAUUAUUCUUAUUUUUAAAACUUCAUCGCAUUACUGAUAUUCAAUGCUCUCUGAACUAAGCUGGAAGAAUUUAAGGGUUGUGAUUCAUAAAUGGUGAUGCAAAGUAUAUUUUUUUAUGUUUAAGAUACACAUUAAUGUAGAUGUACAGGCAAUUUUACCCAAAUACAUUUUAAGGAAUAUAAACAUGCAUAUAUUGUGAAUCACUAUUCACCUUCUGAUCAAAGCACUGUAAAGCAGUGCAUUGUAGUGAACAGGACACUGAUGCUCUGGUCUGUAUGUAUCUAUUUAUUGGUAUGCUCUUCUGAACUCUACCAUGUACUUUCAGAAAAUUUGAUUCUUCAUUGAUAUUACCUGAGUCAUGUUUUCAUAAUCCUCUGUAAAGGUUAUGUUUGUAAUUUCUGAUCAUUUACUGUAGCUCGCAUAGUCAAAGUGGCUUUAUUUAAAGUUGGCACACUCCAAAAAGAAAAAAAAGGACUUUGUGUCAUCUGACGAAAAAAGUGUUUCUGUGGGCUUUUGGCACUUUUUUAUUUUUAUUUUUAUGUCAUUUUUAUUUUAAAUGGAGGCCCAUUAAUCUUUAUGGUUUCUCUAGAAAUUCAAAAGAAGGGGAAAAUAAUAGGACAAAUAAUAUAUAUUAAAAAUGAAUAUGAGUAUUCGUUCUUAAUAUGUAUUUUAAUAUGUAUUUAACAUUCAUAAAUGACUGAAGUAAUAAUUAUGUUGUGUACUGUAUUUCUGAAAUUUCAAUGUAACACUAUUUUUAUUUCAUUUAGAUUUUAUUUUAUUUUUUAUACAGGUAUUCACAAAUAUUUUUCCUUAACUGUUCUGAUUGCUUUGCACAUAUUGCACUAUAUUGACCAAAACAUGUUAAUAUCAACAAUAAAUAUGAUGUCAGGUUCCUGUA